AUGAAAGAACAAGAAAAACAACCCUGUAUCAAAUUUCUCUCCCAACAAUUGGAUGCGUUGGAAAUUCCCUAUAAGGUAUAUCACAUCAAUGGCGAUGCAACCAAACCGGUAAUAAUUGGAACCUGGGAGGGUUACCAACCAGAGCUACCAGCAAUCCUACUUAAUUCGCAUAUGGAUGUUGUACCGGUCUUUGAAGAUAAAUGGACAUAUCCACCAUUUGCUGCACACAUGGAUGCGGGGGGUAAAAUUUAUGCUCGUGGCGCCCAAGAUAUGAAAUGUGUUGGUACCCAGUAUUUGGCUGCCUUGCGAGUACUCAAGAGUAAACAUGAAAAACUACGACGUACCGUACACAUUAUGUUCGUACCCGAUGAGGAGACGGGAAGUCAAAAUAGUUUGCAGGAAUUUGUGAAGAGCAAGGAAUUUGAGGACCUAAAGGUGGGCUUUGCCUUGGAUGAGGGUAUGGCAACGGAGGAUGGCAGAUUUGUGGCCUAUUAUGCCGAGAGGAGUUUGUGGCGUAAGUGA